CGAGGGGACGGUGGAGGGGAGGGGGUGACAGAAAAAAAACAAAGAUGGCAGUGUAGAGCUAGGGACGAACUAUCGAAAAGACGAUAGCAAACAGCGCAGGUUUAAGGGUUUCAGGUGAGACCGAAGUGUGUGUGUGUGAGUGAGUGAAUGAGUGAGUGUGUGUGAGUGUGUGUGUGUGCUGUGCGGAAAGCAGAGAGGACGCGGAGAGGGCUAGCCCGGCCAGGUCGCACUGUCACAGCCGAAUAACGGAGUCACCAGCUGGCGAGAACCAACAACAAGACUAGUUUUGUCGAUGCAGGAGGAAAGCAGUGUUUCCCAGCUAGCUACAUCUACUAAACAUUUUCGCAUAUUCAUAUCCACGAGGAACUUCAGUAAGCCAUCACAUCUGCACUUCACAGCCCGACAUAUAGUCUGUGGUGUUUACUUUCCUCCGAAGUGGUUCCACUUUUUGUCAGGGACUCACAUAUGAAUCGGAGCUUAUUAUUUACGAAUACACAGUCUGUACACAGGUGAACGCGUUGUAGGCUGCUCAGCAAGUGCACACUUCCACAGUGAGUGCUAAUCCUGCGUGUGCGCCUGGUCUCGGUCGGACGCGGAUGUCUUCGAUGGAAGAGCGAGGCGAGGUGGCGGCCGCUCCAGGCUCGUCCUCAGCCGGAUUGGGUGUCGGGCCUGAGGCCGUGGCUGCAGGUGCGGGUUUAUCCGGGAUUCAGGAAGAAUCGGGCAUGCGGAGAGAGGGUUCCGGUUCCGGUUCUGGUCCAGAGACAGAUCCGGACGCGCCGCCCAAAAAGCGCGUGCGGCUGCAGGAGGGCGAAGCGGGUAAGCUCGAGGAGCGCCUCUAUUCCGUCCUGUGCUGCACCGUGUGCCUGGACCUACCCAAAGCCUCGGUUUACCAGUGUACAAAUGGGCACCUGAUGUGUGCCGGCUGCUUCAUCCACCUGCUGGCGGAUGCACGGCUGAAGGAAGAGCAGGCCACGUGCCCGAACUGCCGCUGUGAGAUUAGCAAGAGCCUGUGCUGCAGGAACUUGGCGGUAGAGAAAGCUGUAAGUGAACUGCCCUCGGACUGCAGCUACUGCCUCAAACAGUUCCCCCGCUCCAGCCUGGACCACCACCAGUCAGAAGAGUGCCAGGACAGGCUUACGCAGUGUAAAUACAAGCGGAUCGGCUGUCCGUGGCAGGGGCCAUUCCAUGAGCUCACUGCCCACGAGGUUGACUGCUGCCACCCAUCUAAGACUGGCAUCGAGCUGAUGGGCAUCCUGGACGAGAUGGAUCAGAGCCAUCGCCGAGAGCUGCAGCUCUAUAACAGCAUCUUCAGUUUGCUCAGCUUCGAGAAGAUCGGCUUCACAGAGGUGCAGUUUCGGCCAUACCGCACAGACGACUUCAUCACCCGUCUGUACUACGAGACGCCACGCUUCACCGUGCUCAACCAGACAUGGGUGCUGAAGGCACGCGUCAACGACUCAGAGCGCAACCCCAACCUUUCCUGUAAGCGCACACUCUCCUUCCAGCUGAUCCUGAAGAGCAAAGUAAACUCGACGCUGGAGUGUUCCUUCCUGCUGCUCAAGGGCCCGUACGACGACGUGAAGAUCAAACCCGUCAUCCAGCACCACGUCUUCUCCAACGACGCCAACGAGACGGAGUACGCGCCGCUGCCCAUCAGCGACAGCGUCGAGUGCAACAAGCUGCUGGCUGCCAAAAACAUCAACCUGCGCCUCUUCAUCUUUCAGAUCCAGAAAUAGGUGGAGAAUGGAGGAGUGGAGGAAGCGAAAGGAGGCAGGGAAGGAGAGGAAGGGUGAAGAAGUGACCCUGAACCACACAUACCUCGACAAGAACAAGGAUGAGAGAGCAAGCUAUUUAGAGAUGGCCUAUACGACCUGCAGUCGCCUGUGUUUGUUUGUGUGUGCCUGUAUGUGGUUAAUGGAAAUGUUUUCUGAUCCUAUAUGGUCCAAAAUGAGUGUCUGUUCAUCAACAAUCUGACCAUUACUGAUCUGUCGCUAGUUUAAAAAAACAGGACAGUCCUGACAGUGGACACCACCUUCAUAUUGUAUGUGUGGGAGUGUGUGCAUGCAUACAAGUAUGGAUGAGAGUGAAUGCGCAAGAUAACCUAAUCGAAGCACUACAGACAAGUCGACUAUCUCAGCAUGAGUGUGUGUGUGAGUGUGUGUAGAUUCACUUGUGACUGUGAGACAAACAGGCUUGUUGGAGACAUAAUCCAGGAAGCACUGGAUUUAAUGUUUUUAAACAGCCUGCAGUUUAGGCAGUGUUACUCAAGACAUUCUGUGGUACUGUACGUGUGUGUGUGUGUCCAUGCAGUGGUUCUCUCCCGCUCAGAACCCUCCUCUCAAGGCUCACGCGCACUCACACACACGCACACGCACACACAAAAUCUCAGCAGAAAAUAGGCUGCACCUGCUUUAAAUGUAUUUUUGUAAGUGAAGGGAGACAUUUUACUUGAGGUACAGCAGGUCAGGCAGCCUGAACAAAAUGGCUGCUGACCUCUGAACGCAGAAGAGUGGAGUUUGCAUGUUUUUAUUUUUUUUCUCUUGGUGUGUUCUUAGGAGCACAUAUGUUUAUCCCAGUAGCAUUAUAGUCUUGUAAACUAACUUAAGUUUGAUAUUUUUAACACAAUUAUUAUUUAAGAACCUGUGAAACUUAGCUUUAUAUCUUAUUUAGAGUUUGAUUUGUCAUUUCAUAUUUUCCUCUCUUACUUCUCACACACGCAGUCACACAUCCCUGUAUGGCCCAUUAAUGGCACCAGCUAAUCCAUCAUUAUUACUUUAUUUUAACCCAAAUGCAUUACUGUUAGCAACAAAGAAUCUACUCACCAUAGAAACAGACUGCCCCCUACCUACACGCACACACACCCACACACAUCAGAGAGCCAGACAGGGUCUAAUCACAUCCCUGUGAUGUUGAACUUGACUGUAACUGAUCCGUUUUGACAUACUUGAAUUCUUGGAGGGGGGAGAAAGAGUGAAGCUGAUCUAGACAGUGUGUUCGAUAUCGAAGAGUCUAGUUUGAACCUGUUUCUGUAUUGAAAAAGCUUUUAAUUCUCACAUUACACUCUGCCUGUAUUUGUGCCUUUCUAUUAAAGCUCAUCAAAACUAAA